AUGGACAAGCUGAGCUCAGCUGGAUAUCGCUCAAGCACCUCGUCAACGUCACUCACGAAGCUUGAGAACAUCUUGGAUGACAACUGCGAGGGAACGAAACAAGUGGAAGAGAUGCUGGGGCCCGUACGUCCAGUGAAGACGGACCAUCCAAGCAUGGCGUUGGGUCAAGUCAAUGUUUUUGUCGUCCCGGACAGAUCUGGUACUUACUUGGCGAUCCCAGAGGAAUGA